UCGGUGACAGCAAGGACGCUGCAAACUUGCGCGCGUGGAGGCAGCGGGAGCCUCCUCUCCGCAACGCAGAGCUCGCGUUCACGCCCAGAAGUUCAGCGGGCAGGGUGAUCAAUCCGAAGACUUCCUGCAGCGGAGGUCACUUGAGGGGGCGCUAGAAAGCAGCCCCCUCCGGUGGUCCUUGCCUAGACCUGGGAAGGAGCGCAGAGGAGGUGACAGGAGCGGAGGACGUGGGCAAGACAGUGACCGACUCCGAGCCGCGGUUCGCAGGCUGGAAAGUUGCAGAAGAUUGGAAGCUAAGAGGAGAGCUCUGGUCGCCGCCGAGGGCUCCUUGAACGGUACCUAAUUGCCACCUCCCUUAACCAUUUGGUCCCUGAGCAAAGGCCUCUACAAAUGGGGCGCAGCACGGCGAGAGGCGCAGGAUCCAGCUGUUGAGCCCAGGGUGUUUCACUGUCUCCGAACUCCCCCCUGACUUUGUCUUCCGUUUUGCUGAGAAACCCUUCUCGCCUCCUUGUAGCUUGGGGAAAAGGGCUCUCUAUAGUGUACACACAGUCCCUGAGAUCUAGUGGAAGGAGCCUUUCAGGACCAAGGACUAUUUGGAGCCCUUUCCUGUUUGGGGGAGAGUGAAGGGCGAGGCUGGACCAGGAAGGGAAGGGAGGCUAGUGUAAACUCGCCCUUCGGCGGGAUGGGAGCUUUUGGGUUCCUGUGGCUGCUGCCUCCGCUGCUUUUGGCAGCAGCCUCGUACUCCGGAGCUGCAACCGACCAGCGCUCGGGUUCCCCAGCCUCAGGGCCGCCUCUGCAGCCCCGGGAGCCGCUCAGUUAUUCGCGCCUGCAGAGGAAGAGUCUGGCAGUGGACUUCGUUGUGCCCUCGCUCUUCCGCGUCUAUGCCCGAGACCUGCUGCUGCCGCAGCCACCGUCCCCCUCAGAGCCCGAGGCUGGAGGUCUGGAGGCGCGGGGAUCACUGGCCCUGGAUUGUGAUCCUCUGCUCAGGCUGCUGGGGCCACUGCCUGGAAUCUCCUGGCCAGAGGGAGCCAGUUCUCCGAGUCCCGAGGCGGGUCCGACGCUGUCCAGGGUGCUGAAGGGUGGCUCGGUGCGCAAGCUCAGGCGUGCCAAACAGCUGGUGCUCGAGCUGGGCGAGGAGACGAUCCUUGAAGGCUGCAUUGGUCCCCCAGAGGAGGCAGCGGCUGUGGGGAUACUCCAGUUCAACCUCAGCGAGCUGUUCAGCUGGUGGAUUCUCCACGGUGAAGGGCGGCUGAGGAUCCGCCUGAUGCCUGAGAAGAAGGCAUCGGAAGUGGGCAGGGAGGGAAGGCUAUCCAGUGCGAUCCGAGCCUCCCAGCCCCGCCUUCUCUUCCAGAUCUUCGGGACCGGACACAGUUCCUUGGAGUCACCCUCAGAAAUGCCUUCUUCUCCUGGUAACUUCAUAUGGAAUCUGACCUGGACAAUGAAAGACUCCUUCCCUUUCCUUUCGCACCGCAGUCGAUAUGGUCUGGAGUGCAGCUUCGACUUCCCCUGUGAGCUGGAAUAUUCUCCUCCCCUCCACAACCACGGGAAUCAGAGCUGGUCCUGGCGCCAUGUGCCCUCCGAAGAGGCCUCGAGGAUGAACUUGUUGGAUGGGCCAGAGGCAGAGCGUUCUCAAGAGAUGCCCAGAGGCUCCUUCCUCCUCCUGAACACCUCUGCCGAUUCCAAGCACACCAUUCUGAGCCCGUGGAUGAGGAGCAGUAGUGAUCACUGCACGCUGGCUGUCUCUGUGCACAGACAUCUCCAGCCUUCUGGGAGAUACGUUGCCCAGCUCCUACCCCACAACGAAGCUGGAAGAGAGAUUCUUCUGGCGCCCACCCCAGGGAAGCAUGGCUGGACAGUGCUGCAGGGGAGAGUCGGGCGCCCAGCAAACCCGUUUCGAGUGGCUCUAGAAUACAUCUCCAGUGGCAACCGGAGCUUGUCGGCGGUGGAUUUCUUUGCCCUGAAGAACUGCAGCGAAGGGACAUCCCCAGGCUCCAAGAUGGCAUUGCAGAGUUCCUUCACGUGCUGGAAUGGGACAGUCCUCCAGCUCGGGCAAGCCUGUGACUUCCACCAGGACUGUGCCCAAGGAGAAGAUGAGGGCCAGCUGUGCAGUAAACUCCCUGCUGGGUUUUACUGUAACUUCGAAAAUGGCUUCUGUGGCUGGACCCAAAGUCCACUCUCACCCCAUAUACCCCGGUGGCAAGUGAGGACCCUAAGAGAUGCCCAUUCCCAGGGCCACCAAGGCCGUGCCCUGUUGCUCAGCACCACUGACAUCCCUGCUUCUGAAGGUGCAACAGUGACCAGUGCCACAUUCCCUGCACCAAUGAAAAACUCUCCUUGUGAGCUCCGCAUGUCCUGGCUCAUCCGCGGGGUCUUGAGAGGAAACGUAUCCCUGGUGCUGGUGGAGAACAAAACCGGAAAGGAGCAAAGCCGUACUGUCUGGCAUGUCGCCACCGACGAAGGCUUGAGCCUGUGGCAGCGGACAGUGCUGUCCCUCCUCAACGUGACUGACAGGUUCUGGCUGCAGAUAGUCACAUGGUGGGGUCCAGGGUCCAGGGCAACCGUGGGAUUUGACAACAUUUCCAUCAGCCUCGACUGCUACCUCACCAUCAGUGGGGAGGAGAAAAUGCCCCUGAAUUCGGUACCCAAAUCCAGAAAUCUGUUUGAGAAAAACCCCAACAAGGAGCCAAAAUCCUGGCAAAACAUAUCAGGACCAACUCCCAUCUUCGACCCUACAGUUCACUGGCUGUUCACCACAUGUGGGGCCAGUGGACCUCAUGGCCCCACGCAGGCACAGUGCAACAAUGCCUACCAGAACUCCAACUUGAGCGUGGUGGUGGGAAGCGAAGGGCCCUUGAGGGGUGUCCAGAUUUGGAAAGUGCCAGCUACUGACACCUACAGUAUCUCGGGCUACGGAGCAGCUGGUGGGAAAGGUGGGAAGAACACCAUGAUGCGGUCCCAUGGCGUGUCUGUUCUGGGCAUCUUCAAUCUGGAGAAAGGUGACACGCUCUACAUCCUUGUCGGUCAGCAAGGGGAGGAUGCCUGUCCCAGGGCAAACCAACUAAUCCAGAAAGUCUGUGUCGGCGAGAACAAUGUCAUAGAAGAAGAGAUCCGAGUGAACAGAAGCGUGCACGAGUGGGCAGGAGGAGGAGGAGGAGGGGGUGGAGCCACCUACGUGUUUAAGAUGAAAGAUGGCGUGCCCGUACCCCUGAUCAUUGCAGCUGGCGGUGGUGGCAGGGCCUAUGGGGCCAAGACAGAAAUGUUCCACCCAGAGCGACUGGAGAGUAACUCCUCCGUUCUAGGGCUGAACGGCAAUUCCGGAGCCGCAGGUGGUGGAGGCGGCUGGAAUGAUAACACUUCCUUGCUCUGGGCCGGAAAGUCUUUGCUGGAGGGCGCCGCCGGAGGACAUUCCUGCCCCCAGGCUAUGAAGAAGUGGGGGUGGGAGACAAGAGGGGGUUUCGGAGGGGGUGGAGGGGGGUGCUCCUCAGGUGGAGGAGGCGGAGGAUAUAUAGGUGGCAACGCAGCAUCAAACAAUGACCCCGAAAUGGAUGGGGAAGAUGGGGUUUCCUUCAUCAGUCCAUUGGGUAUCCUGUACACCCCGGCCUUAAAAGUGAUGGAGGGCCAUGGGGAAGUGAAUAUCAAGCAUUAUCUAAACUGCAGUCACUGCGAGGUAGACGAAUGUCACAUGGACCCUGAGAGCCACAAAGUCAUCUGCUUCUGUGAACAUGGGACCGUGCUGGCUGAUGAUGGUGUCUCCUGCAUCGUGUCGCCCACCCCGGAGCCCCACCUGCCGCUCUCGUUGAUCCUCUCCGUCGUGACCUCUGCCCUGGUGGCUGCCCUGGUUCUGGCAUUCUCCGGCAUCAUGAUUGUGUACCGUCGGAAGCACCAGGAGUUGCAAGCUAUGCAGAUGGAGCUGCAGAGCCCUGAGUAUAAGCUGAGCAAGCUACGGACCUCGACCAUCAUGACGGACUACAACCCCAAUUACUGCUUCGCCGGCAAGACAUCAUCCAUCAGUGACCUGAAGGAGGUGCCACGGAAAAACAUCACCCUCAUCCGGGGCCUAGGCCAUGGCGCAUUUGGGGAGGUGUAUGAAGGCCAGGUAUCUGGAAUGCCCAAUGACCCAAGCCCUCUACAAGUGGCUGUAAAGACGCUGCCGGAAGUGUGUUCAGAACAAGAUGAGCUGGACUUCCUCAUGGAAGCGCUGAUCAUCAGCAAAUUCAACCACCAGAACAUUGUUCGCUGCAUCGGGGUGAGUCUACAAGCCCUGCCCCGCUUCAUCCUGCUGGAGCUCAUGGCUGGUGGAGACCUCAAGUCCUUCCUCAGGGAGACACGCCCUCGCCCGAACCAGCCCACCUCCCUGGCCAUGUUGGAUCUUCUGCAUGUGGCUCGGGACAUUGCCUGUGGCUGUCAGUACCUAGAGGAGAAUCACUUUAUCCACCGGGAUAUUGCUGCUAGAAACUGUCUGUUGACUUGCCCAGGAGCUGGAAGAAUAGCAAAGAUUGGAGACUUUGGGAUGGCCCGAGAUAUCUACAGGGCCAGCUACUACCGAAAGGGAGGCUGCGCCAUGCUGCCGGUCAAGUGGAUGCCCCCAGAAGCCUUCAUGGAAGGGAUAUUUACCUCUAAAACAGACACAUGGUCUUUUGGAGUGUUGCUAUGGGAAAUAUUUUCUCUUGGAUAUAUGCCGUACCCCAGCAAGAGCAACCAGGAAGUUCUGGAGUUUGUCACCAGUGGAGGACGGAUGGACCCGCCUAAGAACUGCCCCGGGCCUGUAUACCGGAUAAUGACGCAGUGCUGGCAGCAUCAGCCUGAAGACAGACCCAACUUCGCCAUCAUUUUGGAGAGGAUCGAAUAUUGCACCCAGGACCCCGAUGUGAUCAACACAGCUCUACCCAUCGAAUAUGGUCCAGUAGUAGAAGAGGAGGAGAAAGUGCCCAUGCGCCCCAAAGACCCCGAGGGAAUGCCUCCUCUGCUGGUGUCUCCCCAGCCUGCGAAGCACGAGGAGACGUCCGCAGCUCCCCAGCCCGCAGCCCUGACGGCACCAGGCCCAUUGGUGAAGAAGCCCCCGGGUGCGGGCGCCGGAGCGGGAGCUGGAGCGGGUGCGGGCCCGGUGCCCCGAGGUGCGGCCGAUCGGGGCCACGUGAACAUGGCGUUCUCUCAGCCCAACCUUCCCCCGGAGCUGCACAAAGGCCCGGGAUCCAGAAACAAGCCGACCAGCCUGUGGAACCCCACCUACGGCUCGUGGUUCACCGAGAAGCCUGCCAAAAAGACCCAUCCCCCGCCGGGCGCCGAGCCGCAGGCGCGGGCAGGAGCGGCCGAGGGUGGCUGGACCGGGCCGGGCGCGGGGCCCCGCAGAGCCGAGGCUGCCCUGCUGCUCGAGCCAUCGGCUCUGAGCGCCACCAUGAAGGAGGUGCCACUGUUCAGGCUGCGCCACUUCCCCUGCGGCAAUGUCAACUAUGGUUACCAGCAACAGGGUCUCCCCUUGGAAGCCACUGUUGCGCCGGGGGACACCAUGCUGAAAAGCAAGAAUAAGAUCACCCAGCCAGGGCCCUGAGCCCUGCACUCCACUAGCUUUUCCCCCUGGCGGAGCCGGAGCCCACCCAGAGGGAGAUGGACAGAGUGGCUCCACCACAAACCUGAGACCAAAUGUCACUCUCAUUUUUGUGCCAACUUGUUUUGAAGUGCCACAUUUUUUUUUAAAAGGAAACUUGUGUUUUUUAAGAUGUGUUAGAAGGGUUUUUGAGCAUGGGUUCAUCUAUCCUCUCAAAAGAAGAAAAUGCCAUUCUUUAAAAAAAAAGGCGAUCAGUGCAAGCAAGGCCCAAAUUGGUCAAAGUUUUUGUGCAUGGUCCGCUGUACAGUCCCCUAAGGCUUCUUUCCGAUUUUUGUGUGCGCUCUGCUUCCGUGUAGUCAGAAAUAGCUGCUUCCAUGUCUCCUAGGGGGAGCCGUAGGUGUUUCCUUGCCUUAUGGAUAUGAGCCACUCGAGGGGCGGGCGAGGGAACAGAAAUAAAG